GGCCGUGGCCCCAAAGCCCCCGAGGGCGCUUCCCGCAGCCGCCGUGGGUCGCGACCCCCCCUUAAAGGGGGGGAGGAGGAGGAGGAAGAGGAGGAGGAGGAGGAGGAGGAGGAAGAGGACGACGAUGAAGAGGAGGAGGAGGAGGGUGGCAAGCCUGGCCCCGCCCCCUCUCAAGCCACGCCCCCCGCCCCUCAAGCCACGCCCCCUUCCCCACAAGCCACGCCUCCACUUGACGCACCACCCCCAUUGGACAAAUCCCCGCCUGUCACAGCCGAAGCCCCGCCCACAGACGAGCAAGCCCCUCCCACAGAGGCUGAAAAACCACCCGCUGCUCCCGAGGCCACGCCCACCGCAGCGGAGGCCCCGCCCACUGACACAGAAGCCCCGCCCACCCAGCCCCCUAUUCCACCUCCUGAUGUCGAGUCUUCGCCCAAACAGAAUGAGGCCACGCCCACCGAAACAGAAGCCCCGCCCCCUAACGUGGAAGCCACGCCUCCGGCAGAAGCUCCGCCCACCUGCAGCAUAACCACGCCCCCUCGACAGGAAACCCCGCCCCCUUCAUCCCCCUCCCCUUUGCCCGUAGUGCAGGGGGCGGAGCCUGAGGCCACACCCACAGCUGAAGAGCCAAUCCAGUCCCAGCUGAGUGAACAGCCCGCCCCUAUGGGCGGAGCUAACACGGAAGCUCCUCCCACAGACGAGGCCCCGCCCCCCUCCUCACCCCGGGGCCGCAGCCAAUCAUCUUCCUCCUCCUCACCUGGUCCCGCCUCUUCCCGCGGAAGCUCCGCCUCCCCGCCGCCGCGGGGGCGUGGCCAAAACGCUGAGGAUGAGCAGCCGGAGCCGACCCCAGCAGCGACCCCCAAGUGAGUGAGGGUCUCCGUGGGGCACCGUGGGGUGGUUAUGGGGCAGUUAUUGGGGUCUUAGGGGCAGUUCUGGGGCGCUGUGGGGCAGCUGUGGGAAACUGGGGCAGCUCUUAGGAUCUAUGGAGUGGUUAUGGGGCUUGGUGGGCCGUUAUGGGGCGCCGUGGGGCAGUUAUUAGGAUCUGUGGGGCGCUAUGGGGCAGUUAUGGGGCUCUGUGGGGCACUGUAUCGGGUUGUGGGACAACUAUAGGAUCCUUAUGAUCUUCCCUGUGGUCUCUGUGGGGUUUCUCUAUGUUCCUUGGGUUCUCUCUAUGGUCCUUGGGUCCUCCUGACGAGUUCAGUCCUCUCUGUGGGGUUUCUCUGUGGGGUUUCUCUAUGGUGUCUGGGUCCUCCCCUCCUUAUGGGGUCUUCUAUGGGUCUCUAUGGGGUCUCCUCUAUGAUCCCUGUAUGGAUCCUCUCUAUGGUCUCUCUCUGAGUCUCUGUGGUUUUAUGGGUCCUCCAUAUGAAGUCCUCCCUGUGGGGUCUUCUCUAUGGUUCCUGUGGGGUCUUUCUAUGGACUCUAUGGUUCUCCCUGUGGGUCUUCUCUAUGGGGGUCUUUCUGUGGGUCCUUUCUGUGCUCCUCUCUAUGGUCUUUAUUGGUCCUCCCUGUGGGUCUUCUCUAUGGAGCUUCUAAGGGGCCACUCUGUCUUCCCUGUGGGUCCUCUCUAUGGUUCUUCAUGGAUCUUCCCUGUGGUCUUCUCUAUGGUUUCCACGGGGUUCUUCCUGUGGGUCCUCUCUAUGGCCCUUUCUGGUUUCUUUGGGAUCCUUUCUAUGGAGUCCUCCUGAUAGGACUCUAUGGUUUUCUCUACGUUUUCUAUGGGGUCCUCCCUAUGUGUCCUCUCUGUGGUCAUCUCUAUGGUUUCUAUGGGGUCCUCCCAAUGGGGUCCUGUCUAUGGUCUUCCCUAUGAGGUCCUCCUGAUGCUUUCUAUGGUCCUCUCUAUGGUUUCUAUGAAGUCCUCCCGAUGGAUCCUCCCAAUGGGUGCUUUCUAUGCUCCUCUCUAUGGUUUCUUCGGGGUCCUCCUGAUGGGUUCUCUUUAUGGUUACUAUGGAGUCCUCCCAGUUGGUCCUCUCUAUGGUUUCUGUGGGAUCCUCCUUACGAUUCCUCUCCAUGGUUUCUGUGGGGUCCUCCUUACGAUUCCUCUCUA